AUGAUAAAAGGUGUCGGCAGACCUAGCAUCGGGUAUUUGAAUAAUGUCACCAGGAGCAUACUGGGUGGGGUGCGUAUGCAAUCUUCGGGUGUAAAGGGCUCGCCUGAAUCCCCAGAGGCGCUUACAAAAAGCUCACGGCUGGAAUCCAAGCCUAUGGAUUUCUCGAACAAUGCGCCAGUGAACCCCCAUACAAAAAGGCCGAUGCUAUCUGACUCUAAGUAUGAGUCGCGGAAUUACCAGCUGCCUAAGUGGAAGGAAGCGCUCGGCGAGCUGGUGGUGCGUGCUUUCCGGCUCGACAUGGACAGGGUAAGAGCAGGGCCGGUUGCUGGGUCCUACUACUAUGCGAUGUGUAAGGAGCAGGGCCUGCAGUUCGAGAACGAGGAACUAUCUCGCAGCGGCAAGUUUUUCUACGAAGACCUCAAACUGCCCCGCACGUUCUCCCAGUGGUAUCAAAUCACAAUUUUGCACGAGUGGAUCCUAUUUGUUCGCAUGCGGGCGUUGCCUUUCAAGUAUGGCCGCAACUACCAGCAAAAACUGGUUGACAGGACCUUUUCUGACAUAGAGCUGCGCCUCUUUGAGGAGAUGAACGUGAAAUCGAGCCGGAUUGCUGACCAGUAUCUCAAGGAUUUUCAUUCUCAGAUGAUGGGCGCGGUGUUCGCAUACGACGAGGGUUUCUUCACGGACGAUGCCACCCUUGCCGCUGCCUUGUGGCGUAACUUGUUUGGGGGCCGCAAGAACGUCGACAUGGUGCACUUGGAGGCUAUGGUAAGAUACGUGCGGUCGCAACUAUACGUUCUAAGUAAGCUAUCAGACAGGGAAUUUGGCAUGGGUGAGUUCAAGUUUGUACCACCAGAUGAGGCCGUGGAGGUCUUAAGUGAACAGGACGAGGCCCAAUUGAAGGAAAGAGUGAAGGAGAAAUAUCUAGCGAUUGACCGUAAUCCCGCUACUUUGCCAAGCGAAAAAAGUAACCUGUCAUACGAGAACUGA